AUGUUUUCAGUUCAGAGGAGUUCAGGACUGCUCAGGUCACUUUCCUCUCGUAUCUCUGGCCCUUCGAGUCUAUCUCGUAUUCAAAGAUCUACUUAUGCCACAGAAAUCCAGCAAGCCACAAAAUCCCCAGACUUGACCGAAGCACUCUCGAGGACUUCCGCUCUCUUUAAAACAUACAAACCCGUCACUCCAGGGCUUCGUCAUCUAAAGCGACCUCUUACACCACAUCUCUACGAAGGACGUCCUCUCCGUCCCUUAACCGUCGCGAGACGCAAAAAUGGUGGUCGGAAUUCCACGGGACGAAUAACUGUUCGUCAUCGAGGCGGUGGUCACAAGCAACGUAUACGAAUCAUCGAUUUUAUGCGAACAGAACCCGGGGUGCACGAUGUAGUGAGGAUUGAGUAUGAUCCUGGGAGGUCAGCACAUAUUGCGCUGCUCAAAAAUAGGGAUCCAACAGCGCAGGGAACGAAAUUGUGGAAUUAUGUUAUCGCUACAGAGGGUAUGAGGGCAGGCGAUACUGUACAGAGUUUUAGGUCCGGAAUACCGGAGGGCUUAGUCCCAGGGCUUGUUUUGGAGGACAAAAGGAAAAAGAAGAGUGGGACUACAACGACAGCGGCCAAUCAAGGAGCAGAAGAGAAUACCGAGCAGUCGCUCGCGUUGGGCAUUUUCCGUGCACUGACGCUCAAAUCCGGAAACGUCCUUCCUCUGCGUCUAAUUCCACCCGGAACUGUUAUCCACAACAUCUCCUUAUCACCCCAAGGGCCGGGAAUCCUUGUCCGAUCCGCAGGCUCUUUUGCCCUUGUCAUGGCCCACGAAGAGUCUGGCAAAUACACACAAGUCCGCCUACAGAGCGGUGAAGUCCGGAAGAUUCUCCAAGACUGUUGUGCGACUAUUGGUCAGGUUGGUAAUUACUUGUGGAAGAACAGAUCGCUGGGCAAGGCUGGACGUUCUAGAUGGCUGGGUCGUAGGCCGAGUGUUCGUGGUGUUGCUAUGAACGCGUGUGAUCAUCCGCACGGAGGUGGACGCGGUAAAUCCAAGUCAAACAAGCAUCCUGUGUCAAUUUGGGGCUGGGGAACCAAAGGUACUCGAACGAGGAAACCUGGCCCGAAGGGACCCAAGAACAGCAACAAGUUGGUGGUUCGUGAAAGGCCACGCGGGGCAGAGAAAAAACGCAAAACUUAG